CUGAACGAUUGCUACCACAUAUGGUCCCUCGACUGCCCCGGACCGCCUGAAGCUUAACCUGGAGCAUGUGAGGCAAUAUCGGCCGCGUCGGUGCACUGGAAUGAGGCUGUUCAAGACGUCUUCAAGUCAGGGUGGACGGUGGAACGGUGGACGACCUGUCAAUAAUGUCGCUAUUCGCCGAGCAGGCUCAGGGGCUGCGGGUCCUUCCCAGGGCGCACUCAGCAUCCACCAUCAGUCUCGCCCGACACUCGAGCGCGAUCCUCAUGCCUCAGCCGUAAUGGAAAUAUAACGUUAACGACACACUCUGGGACACGCGAAGCCUUACAAAGACUAUCCGAGGACGUCGUCGACGCGGUCCCACGGAUAGACGGCGGUGCUUCUACUUCUGGACGCGUUCAUCACGCGCCAGGAUGACAGAUGGGCCCUCGGAAGACUGGCAUGGAGAUACGUUUUGCCGUCGACCGUCCAUCCGUCUGUCUGUCCGUCACCGUUCACUCUCCAUCCAUCCGAGCUGCCCACCGACUAUCAUCCCAGUCAGCACUGGCCGUCAAGAAGGAUCAGGCUCUAUAGUCGUCGCACUGGGUACUUGGACGGUGACCCGACCCUAGGGUGCUACCACCACCUGCUCUGCAUCCUGCAAUACUCGCGCCACAGCGACGAUGGCGAAGACCGUGAAAAGGCUGUCGUCGUGGGCUUCGCUCGGGACGAUUAUCCGCGACCGCAGGGAUGACGCUGCGGUGCGCACUGCUGCCGCGUUCCGCAGCGAGAAGUUUGUCCGCAGGUGUGGGUCCGAGGACGAAGGUGCCUUGCUUGCAGUGGGUUUGACGACGCCUUCUGAGUGCGGGUGGACGGCGCAGUCGUCCGAAGACUACCCGUGCUCUCCGAGCUCGUGGACGGUGCAUGAAAAGGCUGCUAUACAGACCGAGCUGGUGUUUCCUUCGGCGACUCGGACCAACUUCAUCGCGGGCCUCUCGCCUGAGCUAUGGGCGCAGGUCCUGGCAUAUCUCGACGACCAUCGCGAUCUUUUCCGAGUCGCGCGAGUAUCUCGCGCCCUGCGCGCUACCGCGCGGGUUGCCUUGACCCGCCACACUUUCCGCGUCGAGACAACGCAGGCAGUCGUGGCCUUUUCGGACGCGCUCGCUAGGACUCCCGACCUCGCACACACCAUCCAUAAUCUCCACAUCCGCUGCGCCGACUCGCGAAUACCCCCGUCUCUUCCUCUCGCUUUCCGCAAGUUGCACGAACUGCGCUCGCUAUCGCUGCACGUCACCGACCCGGACCUCGCGCUCGCCUGCGUGCAACGCGGCCUUUUCAACGAGCCCCUCCCCCAUCUCACCGUGUUCUCCACCUCGCUCCCCUGCACGAUCGAGCUGCUCGACUUUGUCCAGACGCACGGGACGAUCGAGGACCUCACCGUCACCGACGACGCGAUCGACCCCGCCGUGCUGGGCCCCAAGUUGCCCCUGCCCUCGCUGCGCAUCCUUACGUGUCGAAUGGAGUUUCUGCAGUGCUUCAGUCGGUCGACUACGCUGACGCACUUGUACAUCACGAUGGAUGUUGCGGGGUCGUUAGACGAGCUUGCGAGGCUGCUGGGAUCGCAGCUUGUGAGUCUGCAGCUUGGGUUGGGCGAAAAGCCCGCCGGUGGGGAAGCGUGGUCCCCUGCAGAGGUGACGAGGCGAUUUCCGCGAUUGAGGUACCUUCAGCUGCGCGUGCUGGAACCCGACUUGACAUUCUGGCGGUACCCAAUCGACUGGACACGCCCGCGCCAUCGGAAUCCUUCGCGCACCUCACCCAGCUCCGCUCCGCGCGCGGCAGGAGCGACAGGUCUUGUCCUCGCGUUCGUAUUCGACUGUCACGCACCCACCGAAGGCGACUUGUCCGCGAAGUUCCACCAGACGAUCGCGGGCCUGCUCCGCACCUGGACCCCUCACGUGGCGCGCGUGUUGUACGGGCACAACGGCAGACCAGACACGUCAUGCGUCGUGCGUGUGAGUCGGCACGGGGAGGAGUAUGUGCGGGAGAGGCGUGAGUUUGGGGAAGACUUUUGGAAGAUGGUGUAGGCUUCCGCAGGGCUGUUCGAUGAAUGACGACUGAAUGGGCAGGAUUGUAUAGUAAGUUAUGCGCUAAUUUGAAUGCAUUGUCUC